AUGUCGUCCGAAAUAGGAAUCGUGGAUAGCCCCAGCGAUCCACCCGGAAGAUUCUCCACCUCAGUAAGGGCGGGCCUCGCUACGCUGCUAUUAUCAUGCACCAUACCCGUAUCGGUGUUCGGGGAACACACCUCCAACUGGGCCGUUCUCGUGUCCACUUCACGCUUCUGGUUCAAUUAUCGCCAUCUCGCCAAUGUCCUAUCUCUAUAUCGAACCGUGAAGCGCCUCGGAAUCCCCGAUUCGCAAAUCAUCCUCAUGCUUCCAGACGACAUGGCCUGUAAUCCGCGAAACGCCUUCCCCGGUACAGUUUAUAGUAACGCCGAUCGAGCGGUUGAUCUGUACGGAGAGAAUAUCGAGGUUGAUUAUCGGGGUUAUGAGGUAACGGUCGAGAAUUUUAUUCGUUUGCUUACCGAUCGACUGGAUGAGGAUGUGCCACGAAGUAAACGUCUGGGUUCUGACGCAGGUAGUAAUGUGUUGGUAUACAUGACUGGCCACGGCGGGGAUCGGUUUUUGAAGUUUCAAGAUUCCGAGGAGAUCGGUGCUUGGGACUUGGCAGAUGCAUUUGGUCAAAUGUGGGAGAAGAAACGGUAUCAUGAACUGCUUUUCAUGAUUGACACGUGUCAGGCGAAUACCAUGUAUACGCAUUUCUACUCACCGAAUAUCAUCGCCACCGGGUCUAGUGCGCUCGACGAAUCAUCCUAUUCACACCAUGCCGACAACGAUGUUGGAGUUGCGGUCAUCGAUCGGUGGACGUACUACGUCCUAGAAUUCCUAGAGACACAAGUAACAUCACCAAACUCAAAACUUACCCUGGGAGACCUAUUCGAUUCCUACGACGAGAGCAAGAUCCAUUCUCAACCGGGGUUAAGAUGGGAUUUAUUCCCUGGCGGCGAACAAGAAGGUCGUCUACGUACUGUGGUUGAUUUCUUCGGAAAUACGCAAGCUGUGCAAGUGGAAAGUAAUGCAACACGUGGACCAGGAUCACUUAAGGAGGAUUUGGACGAGAUUGCUAAACUUGUUGAGAAGUGGCAACGGCGAGAGCAGGGAUAUCCUUUUCUACAGAACAGGACCAUAGCUUCUGAUGAGAAGCAAAAGCAAUCGGAGCCGUCUUCUACUGCUGCUGCUGCUGCUACAGAUCGCCAUCGUCAGGUUGUUGUGGGUGCUAGCAAGAUGACUGAUGAAGAUAGUUGGACUAAACGAUUAGUCGGGUUGGCGGUUAUCGGUGCAGGUACAGGACUCUGGCUGGCUGGUUCGGUUUUCGGUAGGGAAACUUGA